UGUGAAAUCACAGGAGCACUGGUCUAGCGCAUUGCCUUACAAGGGCAGGAGUUCUGAUUGGCUGCCCUCCCUCAUGUACUAACAGCGAUACUGUGCUAAAAAGCUAAGCUAAUAACUGUGCCCUAACAUGCCUUGAAGAGCAGUUUUGAGAGUUAUACCAGUUAUACUGAGGUAUAAUCGCUUUGCUGUCUUGCUGUUUAGUCUAAUUUGCAUCAGUACAUAUGUUAAGAUACUGUACUGUGUUUGCCAAGCACUUAUGAUUUGAAUAAGCUGCUUCAGAAUACAAGGUCCUCAGUUUGAUGCAGCCCUGUUUUGAAUCAAACAGCCUUCCAUUUUUUAAACCUCCUUUUCCUAGCUCUUUCUGCUUUCCUCCUAUUAUACUUGCAUGCAACUCAUCAACCCUCUGUCCUCUCUCUCCUUCUCCUCUCUCUUCCACCCCCCCCCUCCAGUCCUCACAACACUCAGCCACAACACACUGCCCUCUACCAGCCCCCCAAAAAGCAAGCCACCAACAUCCCAUACUUUGAGCGCUACCCAGUGGUAUUCCCUAUGAUCGACCCUACCUCAGGCCCCCGGCUGGUCAAAUGCGAGAAGCAUCCCCUUCUGGGGCGUGACAACCCCCUGGAUCCUCCAGAACCAUUGGAUGAGUCCCUGGCGAGCAUCUUCCCUGACCUGGAGAAUGACGACAUGUUCGCCCGACGCACCCAGGCCUUCCACUCCAACUCGGAGCUGGCUGUGCUGAAAACCCGGGUGUGCGUAAACCACUUGUCCGGCCACCUCUACGCCUCGAACCCCCAGCUCAACAUCGUCACCCAGCCGCAGACGCCGGGCAAGGAUGACAAGACCGUCAUCCCCGACAUGGAGCGGGACGACUUCAUUUUUCGGAAGGUCAACCAGCCCCAAGAUGGUCGGCGGCAGAGACCACUGUUGGGUGCGGCCGACAGCUACAACCCAAUGAUCAUCCCUGAGCCCUGGGCGCUGCCUGCCAAGCUCCAGGCGCGGCUGCUCUGCGCCCCCUCACCUUUGACCCAGGAGGUUGAAGCUGAGGGCGGGGCGAAUCAUGAGGAAAGAGGAGAUCUUGAUGGGCACCCUAAAAUGGACGACAUGUUGCUGAGGAAGUUUGGGGUGGUGCUCGGGGUGGGGGUGGGGGCAGUGCGUGUCCAAGGUCAGCGGUCAUAUCUAGGUAUGUCGGCCAAUCAGAUGGGUCCGUCAUUGCCCACUUCCUGUAGCGAGGGUGACCUGCAGAAGAUGGUGGCGAUUAGGGAGGCGAGUCGGCUGAGGUACAAGAAGAGGAUGAUGAUCGAGAGGUUAGCCUUUCUGAACAGUUAGGAAUUAAAAUGGCUGCCGAAAACAACAAUCCCGCUACAGUGCCUGUUGCUCUCAGGGCAAAUAUCAUUUGGCACCCCAAACCCUAUAUAGUGCACUGCUAUAGGCCGCAGGUAGCUUAGCAGUUAGAGCGGUGGGCCAGUAACCGUUGCUGGUUCAAAUACAAGGUGAAUAAUCGGUCGAUGUGCCCCUGAGCAAAGUACUUAACUCUAAUUUGCUCCAGGGGCGCUGUACUACUUUGACUGACCUGGAGCCACAUAGGUCUACCGUAUAAGGCUCUAGUCAAAAGUAGUGCACUAUAUAGGGAAUAGGGUGCCAUUUGAGACAGAGACCCAAAUCUCCGGGUUGUGUGCUGUUGUUUUCUUCUUUAACCUCUAUGGGCUAGGUGGGACGCUAGCGUCCCCCCCCCGUGGUGCACUCCAUCAACAGCAGGUGCAUUUCAAGAGCGGCAAAUUUGAAUCCAAAUAAAUGUCAAAAUUCACAUUUUUCAAACAUACAACUAUUUUACACCCUUUGAAAGAUAAACAUCUCCUUAACGCCCACACCCCCCCGCCCCCACACACACACCGGUGCUGUUUACUUCUAAGAACCCUUUUCUGUCUGUUAUUGAAGUGCCCUAAAUCGCAUGUGGAUAUGCAUUGAUACGGAGUGGUGCUUAUAGAAGGACCUCAUAGAAGGAAAUUUCAAUUAACUAUAUUAAGCACGUCUCUACCAAAAACAAACAUGUGCCUUUCACACUAACUGCAACAAAUUGAUAAAAGACAACUUUACCGUAAAUGUAUUUUUAGCAAAUAAACCAAGUGGUGGAAAUGUAGAAAAAUAACCCACAGUUAAGUUACCUCAGCUUUUGAGAAAGUGGUUUGAUUGAUUAGGUCAAACAAAUGACCUUUUUUUUACGCAGGUUGUGGUAUUUUCUGAAACCAUACAAGCUAUACAAUUCUGAAGAUCUAAAACGCAACACCCUAAGUAAAUGACCUUUCUGUAAAACUUGUAUAACUGCUGCUAACCUUUUUUAUGUGCUAAUUCUAGACACCACCACAUGAGCACUGUUGUCAAUGCAUUGACCAAAAAUGUAUACGUCCAUCAGAAUUAACACAACAAGACCCUAUUCUGUUUUACAUUCGUUUUUUUGUUUUUUGUUUUUCUGCUCAUGGAUUGCCUUUGCCUGUGAAUUUAAAAAUACUUUGUCCCAUGCUUAAUAAAAAUAGACAAAAACAGACUGAAAACUGUUGUCAUGGAAUCAAUCGGAGGUGGUUCAUGAACGGCGAAGUAUGACGUCACCCUAGCACCUCUAUUUGCCUUGGAAUAACACAGUGUCUCAACAUCAGGGAACUUCACACUGACUUGGGGGAGCAGUAUGAGCACAGUGGUAUGAAAAGGAAUUUGAACAUGAGUAAGAUCUAUAUAUAACUCAAGCUAUUGACCCCACACUCACUCUCAUGGACAGACGCACGUAACAUAAGAUGGUAUCGUAACAUCUGUCGAACAGACGGGGAUGAGACGACUAACAAGGAACAUUUGGCCAAUGGUUUGGCUGAGAGUUUCCGUUUAGGUGGGUGGAGACUUCCCUAGUCUUGUUAGUAUCUUUUCUCAUAAAAUACAGUAUAUUAUCUCCCUCCUGAACCUAAUCAAGAAUCUUAUGCAAUUAUGCAAGAUUUUAGUUCUGGGUUUUCGAGAUGAACCCCCUACUUAAAUAAAUAAUUAUCCACACUGUCACACUACAGAAUGCUGUGUCUUUGUUAGAUCUAGUUAGAUGUAUUUCACCAUUCCCAUCUCACGACGGUCUAAACCCAGCUCACGUUCCCUAUUAGUGGGUGAACAAUCCAACGCUUGGUGAAUUCUGCUUCACAAUGAUAGGAAGAGCCAACAUCCAAGGA